AAUUAAUUCCACUGCACCAACCACCCAAGCCCAAUUGGUUCCACAAAUUUCAUCAACUGUAACUCGUAGCAAAAUUCUGAUUUUGACGUCAUCAACGAUAUUAAAAAGAAUUUCACAAGAUAAACAAAUGGUAGUUAAUAAAAAGCCACAAAUU